GCGGUGAUGCCCGUCCCCCGUUUCCGCGGGGAGCGAGAUCAGAGUACCUUCCCGGAUGUGGAUGGCGGCGAAGGACUUCGAAACGACAGGAUGACAUCGUGAGCGGCGUUUUGCGACAGGAUGACAUCAAUGAAGCGGGUGUUCCCACAGGUGAGCGUUCUCUCCCCCGAAGAUCGGGAUCCCUGCUGCGUAUCCAAGAGCCAUGGCGGUAAUUACACUGAUCGUGGCGUCCACGCUAGAUCCAGCUUCGAUCGGGCCGGCGCGCGCUCUGCGCGCGCUGGGCGCUUGGGAGUCAGGUCCGUGUGUAGAAGAUUUGCCGACGUGGCGACGCGGGAACACGCGGCUAUGGCAGUUUGACUCGAAGAUCAUCUUCGAGGAUAUGGCGGAUGAAAGGUGGGAGCAUGCGACUGGGGAGAGAGUGAGGGAGGUGGUCUUCCUCAGCCGCCACACGGCCGUGUCUUUGCGUCCCGCCUUCACCGUCCAUCCGAUUGGCGUUCCGCACUUGGGGCCAAAUGAGACCCCUCAGGCGGGGGGAAGGCCGGGGAAAACUUCCCCCCCUUGUCCGCGCAUUGCCGCCUUCCUGCGCAUGAUGAUGAAAAUUGCCGACGCGAGGGGCUUUCUGCCGGAAUUCGAGGUCACAUUCGAGGCAACCCACCACGGCCCACACGUGGAAACUCCCGCCAUGUUCAUUGAGAUCGGAAGCACAGAGGAGUACUGGCGGAGAGAAGACUGUGCGGCGGCAGUCGCUGAGUUGUGCUGGGAGGGAUUAGGUCUGGAUGGCGGCGGCGGCCCCGCCGCCGGGGGGGAGCAAAGCGGGGUUGACGAUGCCUCGGCGGCGGGCAUCGGAGACUGGACGAUGGCUGCGGCGGAGACACCUGUGCUGGUCGGACUUGGUGGGGGGCACUAUGCGCCGAGACACGUGGACAUUGGAAAACAGGAGGGAGUGUGGGUUGGCCAUCUGAUAUCGGGGUAUUCGUUGCCGAUGGAAUUGGAUGAGGAGGCGGCGCGACAAAGGGGAGGAGGAGGAGGAGGGGGAGGAGGAGGAGGGGGGGGGAAGAAUAAAGGCGGAGCAGUGGGAGGAGGGGAUAUAGAUUUGGAUUGCAUCAAGGGGAGGUGGAGGGAAGUAAUCAAGGAGGCAUGGUCUUCAACCAGGAGGGGAUUCCCUGGCGGAAAAAUUGUCUUCAAUCUAGACUCGAAGAGCUUCAAGAGCUGGCAGAGGCAAGCUAUCUUGAAGUUCCUGGCGGCGGAGGGAAUGACAGUGGGAAAAGGGAAGGUCGAAGAUUUUCUUCCCUAGAUUGAUUACCCCUGUGGAUUUUCUCCCCUAAAAUUAUGCCGGUGGAUUCUCUCUCCCUGUUGCUAAACUACCCCGGUUGUUGCUCUGUACUGCAGUUGCGUGCCAUCCUUCCUCUGUUUCGUUCUUUUACAAAGAGGCGAGGAGGUUUAUAACAACGCUCGCGAAUGAGAAUAUACUACCCCGGAGACAUGACACUGCACUACAAUGGAAAGUUGGAAGAGGAGGAGGCGGCGCACAACGAAGCAUCCACGCCAUCCUUCCUCUGUUUCGUUCUUUUACAAAAGGCGAGGAGGAAUAGAACAGCUCUCUCGAAUGAGAAUGGUACUAUCUUGGAGACAUGAUACUACACUACAAUGGCUGUUGCUUCGCAUGUUUGAUCCUUCUGGAAAGAAGAGAAGAAGGGAAGAAGAAGAGAAGAACAGUUGGAAGAGGAGGGGGCGGCGCACAACGAAGACGGAAAGGUAGAGUUGGCAUCAAGUUGUAUAGAAAGGGCGAGAGAAAGGGCGAGAGAUCUCGCCCUUUCUGCGGGCCUUCAUGUCCCCUCUCUCGCCAUUGAGAUCUCGCGCUUUCUGCGGGGCUUCAUGCCCCCUCGUCCUUUCCGUUCCAUGAGUGCUUCGUUGUGUGUGCGUGCGUCCUUCUCGUCGUUUUUUCGUCUCUUCUUUCCAGAAGAACACGAUCUAGGGGUGUUGUUUGAUUUACGGGGGAGGAGGAAGUGUAGAAAGACAGUGGGGAGAAAAGAGAAAGGUUUUCGUUCGACUGCAAUGGAAUUGCACGCCGCUACAUUCUUUUUUUGCCGUUGAUGUAAUGAAUCUGCGGUCGUCACAGGUUAGUGUUGUUUGUUUCUAGUUUGUUUGUUUCUAGUGUAGUGCAUGAUUGUCGAAGUCUUAGACACAGUCUUUAUGGUGGGAAGGAGCUUUAAAUAGGUUGGUUCGGGUCCAUACAUGGAAGGAAGGAAGAACGAAUAGAUGAGAGACCUUCGAUAAGAGGGAUGGAGGUAUAGCUUCAAGCAAGGAUCAUAAAACAGGAUUUGAGCAUACUAUUUGUAUUCCGUGUAUCAAUAACGGCAAAGGAGAGAGUUUUGUGUGGAAGGAGUUUUAAAUAGGUUGUUUCGGGUCUGUACAUGGAAAGACCUUCGAUAAGAGGGAUGGAGGUAUAGAUUCAAGCAUGGAUCAUAAAACGGGAUUUGAGCCCAUGUAUCAAUAACGGGAAAGGAGAAAGGAGGGAGUUUUGUGUGCAACUUGUGUAGGAGGGCUCAGCUGGGCCACGGGGGAUCAGAUACCCAACGUUUCGGAGGUGCCUGGUUGCCACGUGGACGUUAGACAGAUUCGAAUCUGGUUCCCCUUCUCUGCAGUUCAUUCUUUUCUUGCAGUCGAUAGUCUGUUGCUUGGUUAGUGGGCUCUGCUCUGUUUGGCUACAGACGGCCUUUUAUUUUUUUUGAUGAGUAGAAAGUGGGGAGGGGGGCCGGCAUAUCUGGGUCUGACCUAAAUAUUGCCUUGGAGAGGGACAUCAAUCAUGACCCCGCCGUCUAUUGUGGGAAAGUCGGUAAUUAGUCAGUCAGAAAAGGGGUGCAAUCAUGGCUUCAAGAAGACAGGCCCCUGAGAGGGAAUGGGGCUGCAAGCAUGGCUUCAAGAAGGCAGGCCCCUGGGAGGGAAUGGGGCUGGCUUGCUGGGAUAAUUGCCAGCCAUAACUAUAUUUGAAUUGAACAGUCGCAAGGCCUGGUCAUCAUAACUCUACUCGCCGCAACUCCUGCUAGUCUAGACAGAGGGAUAAUUACCGGGCGUUCUUCAGCCGUACUUGGUGCAACUUUCGGUCUAGAUACCGGGGCGUUCUUUUAGGGUGAAGACUGAAGGGCUUAAGCUUGUGGGGAGGUGGUCUCCGUAGACAUGAUUCAUCUAAUUGCCCCUCUCUGUUUUUUUUUUUUUAAUGGGUAAAACUUUCUGAUCUCCCUUUUCUCCAUCCCUCACUCGUGAGUUUAUCGUGCGUGCUUCUGUCUUGCCUGCUUCUGUCUUGGGUUCAGCAUAAGGGCACGGCAGGAAGUUUUGAGACCUGAAUUAUGUCCAAGCCACAGUUUAUGAGAGAUCUUCUUCUCUGUAGGCUGAGGGACCGGCCACCAUUGUAAGAGGGUUAUACCUUCUUCCCCCGAAUACAACAACGUACGGUCAUUAUAGAUGUGUCUACACUGAAAGAGGUAGUCGUUGAUUCCUAAGGUGUGGCAAGUUGACUAUCAGCUGGCAUUUUUUAUUGGCAUUAGGCAGGAUUGGGUUUGACCGACAGCAAUAGCAGGUGGGAUUGGUUGCAGGCACACUGUGCCAUUGUUGAUGAAGUGCCCAUCUUCAGGCAAUUGGUUCUUUUUGCGAGGGGCAAUUGGUUCUUUUUGUGAGGGUGAGGGUGCACGCCUCACACAGGCACAUGAGAUCUCUGAUCUCUCUUAUUAGGGUACUGUGUGCCUUGUGUGAAGUGGAGGGGAGAGAAGGGUGUGAAGUGUGAAGGCGAUGCGAGGGAGGGUUGGAACUAGGGUUACCGUAGUUGUUGGCACCCUAGUGCUGCAAACUGUAUUGCCACUUCGUUCGCAUUCUCAAUUGGCCCAGCUAGAGGCCAUGGAAAAAAAGGAAAAAACGUAGAGUAGAAACGUUUCUAGGUGGAUGGAUUUGGGCACUCUUGUAGUGAGUGGCCCGUUCUUUUGCUAAAAUUGUGGAGCGUUAUCGCCUGGCACGCACGACUUUAGGACGUACUGCAAUGGUUUAAACUGGGGAAUUCCAGUUGGACGGUGCGCAGGUGAAAACCAGAGGUAUUGUUAUUGGUGGUUUACCAAAUGGAGUGAGUUGUUUUGCUUGUUUGCUUGUUUGAGUAGAGCAGCAGACUAUUGGAUUGGAUCGUCUGCAGGUGGAAAUCCACUGCACUGCCUCUUUCACUGUAGGGCUUGAAUGGAGUGAGAAUGCGGGGAUGAGGUGGCGUAGAGGUUAUGUGUAAGAUGUGUCUUAGCGAAAUGCAAGAGCAGCAUAGCAAACAAGUAAUGAGCCGAUUAGUAGUGGAACCAGUUUCGGAGCUGUCUGAUGCGCCAUGGAUGAAGGGAACCGAUAGGGGCUCGUCUGCGGUGGAUAUCCGGUCUCUGUGGACCAGCUGAGGUCUCCUACACACAGCUGCCUUGUUGUGGAAGAAAUAGCUCCAUGCCUCAUGACUUA